AUGACAGCUCCUGAUGUUCAACUAACUUUAUGUCCAAUUUCCAAGGCGAUGUCGACCGUUGCUAUGAACAUAUUUUGUUACUUGUAUGACCCAAUCAACUUCAUGAAACAUGGACAGAGCAUCUCUAGUACUAUUUGGUCUGGACGACUUUGCAGGAAAAUAAACGAAUUGAAAAGUUAUGACGAGCUACAGCAAAGUAUUGGAAACAAGUUCUACAGAACAAUCGCAGUUGUUCGCGAUCCUCUGUCUCGAUUCAUCAGUGGUUAUCUGGAUAAGUGUGUUAGACCAAAACGGAAAUGCUUUGGAUGCGACUCUGAAGAUGUCUUUUGCGUACUGACUCGUUUGAAAAUGGCAUUGAUAAACAAACCGGAGAUUCCAUCAGCAACAAAUAUUACUUUUUCGGUGGAGCUCUUACAUAUGGCACCGCAAACUUGGUACUGCGAAAUGCGAAAGGUUUUCGAAAGUUUAAUUUUUGUCAAAUAUGGUCAAACUGGAUAUGAGCAUGAACGGAUGAUCAAAGAAUUGGCUAUAGCAUUUACUAUUGCAAGAGUUCCUUCUACUCAAGUCAAUUACAUUGAAAAUGAACUUAAGAGUUAG